GGGAAACUACUCCCAUUCCGUUGUUUCUCCCAAUUCUCUGUGAUUCCGAACCAAACCCUAUCACCGUUCCCAUGGCGGAAGCCCUAAGCCCCAACCCCACGGUGGGUCCCAAGCAGAGGCUCCGCAUCCAAUCCCCCACCAGCCCCUUCUUCCUGGGCUCCAACGACGACCAGCUCGAACGCGCCCAGGCACGCGCCGCCCGCGCCGCCGCCAUUCGCCGCCGGAGCCUCGCCCUCAACCAACCUCUUCAGGCCAAUUCCGAUCCCUGCCUCAACAAACAACAGAUCCUCGACCUGUUCCAAAACUGCAUCAAACUCGCCAGCGAAAACAAAAUUAAUCAGAAAAACACGUGGGAGUUGAACCUGAUUGACCAUCUCACCGAUAUCAUCAAGGCCGAAGAAGAAAAUGAUGCCGAGACUAAUUUUCAAAAGGCAAGUUGCACCCUCGAGGCUGGAGUCAAAAUUUAUUCAUUAAGGGUGGACUCGGUGCAUUCCGAGGCGUAUAAAGUUCUUGGUGGGAUGAAUAGAGCAGGCCAAGAAGCUGAGCAAGACACUACCUUGGAGGGUGAUAAUAUUGAAAGUGGGCAGGAAGAAAGCAGGAAAGAACCGAACAAAAAGUUGUCACCUUUGACAACAUUGGAAUCAUCUUUUGAGGGACUUAAUGCAAAGAAGUUUGAUGCUGCAUUUGUCGUGGAUCCUCUCUAUCGCCAGACAACCGCAAAAUUUGAUGAAGGUGGAGCCAAAGGGCUUUUAAUGAAUAAUCUCGGUGUAUAUGGUGGAUGUAGGGUACUCUUUGAUUCACUAGAAGUGCCUGCGAAGUAUAUGGGAAGCCAAAAUCAAUCUGAUAUUUCAGAUACUAUUGAUCUUUCUUUUGUCAGAGAUUGUAUCGAGCAGAUGGUGUUGGACUUGCGUGUGAAGGAUGAAAUUUCUCCAACUCUCAGGACUAUAGUAAACCAAUUCGAUGAAAACAACAGAAGGCCCAUUGAUUUUCAACUUCAUAGCCAGGAUGCAGCUGAAGAUCAUGAUGCUGCUUUCAAUGAUGUAAAUGGUUUUGAUCAUGAUGAUCAUGAUGAGAACUGCACGGCCUGGGGUGAUGAUCAUGAUGACCAAACAGAUGUUCCCGAUCUAGGCUGUAAUGACGCAGAUCCAAGUUUUCCCAGUUACCCUCAGGACAAUGAGCCAUUUUCUUCCCCAGACGGUGAUAUGGAUGAAAGAUUUGAAAAUGUUGACGGCUAUUUGUUUUUGAGUUUGGGCUUUUCUUCAAAACAAAAUGCAUGGGCAGGUCCUGAUCAUUGGAAGUUUCGAAAAUCCAAAGUCUCAGAGGUUCAUCCUACUUCUGAAGAUGGGUCGACCCUAAAAAGUAGGCAGACAAAGAGUAAGAGACAGGCUGAAGUUGAUUUAAAUUUCACAAAUUCUCUUGAGAAAAAAAUGCUCGAUAUUUUUUCUCCUCCCAAGAAUCCCAAAUUGUUACUACUCCCUGAAAGCAGAUUGCCUUGCAAUACAAAACUACCUGAGGACUGCCACUAUCAGCCAGAGAAUCUCGUCAUGUUAUUUCUUCUGUCUAAUGUGAAGUGUCUCGGGAGAAGGGCAAACAAGUUCUCAGAUGGAUCUAGAGAACAAUACAAUGAAUAUGAAUCGGUCCCUUCAUGGGAUAAUGGAAGUGUUUGUGGGGAUGACUCUGGUGGCUACGAAGGUGAUCUUCAUAGUGACAUGGAGGACUCCAACAAUCUUAUUAAUCAGCCUCGUCAGGUCAAUAAAAUUGAAGUCCAGUAUGACAAGACUUCCAAACAAGUUGAUGUUCAGGCACUAAAAUUUACUCUUUGGGACCAUGUUCAAGAAUCUGUUAAACUUCCUUUACAGGAUCAAAAAGAUACCAUAUCUUUCAAGAAUAUAUUGGCCAACUUACCUAGCGAAUGCAAUGCUGCUGCAACCAUUAGUGACAUCUCUCCUCAUUUGUGCUUCAUAUGUCUAUUGCAUUUGGCAAACGAGAAAGGAUUGAGCAUUCAAAGCUGCCCCGACUUGGAUGAUCUAGCCAUACGCCUUCCACAUGUUGCUGACUCUAUAAGGGGAACAGUUUAGAUACUUCGCUCCAUUAUUUCAGCUCAGGAGUCAAAAAAUGGUUUGAUGGGGACUUUUUUACUGGUGAAAUACGUCCAAGAAAGCAUCGGAGUGAGUAACAAGUCUCUUCUUGUUGGAGGUUGCCUAUGAGUUAGGUUAUGGUGGUUUAACACUCGUUAAGAAAAUGUCAGACCUAUCAUGAUGUUUUGUCUUUCCAUACAUAUGAAAGUAUUCAACCUUCAACGCAUGUAGUGCUCUAAUUUUAUUCUCCACUCCAGCUCGUUUCAUGUGUGUCUAAUGCUCAGGCUUUAACGAGAAUUUCUAGUGUGUUAGUAUAAAUAAAGUCUCAGAUUGAUGGAUGCGUGACUACUGAUUGUUGAAGCUCACUUCCCCUUAUCCCCAUUUUCUAUUAACUAUGAAACUGAAAUAAUCACAUUUGUUGGUAAUUAAUAAUAGUUAAAUCAAUUA